AUGAUCCUUUCAAAAGGAGGAGGCAAACAAAAAGAGCAUCCGGUCAGCAUAAAAUGUUUGUCAAUCUUAUGA